AUGUUGAAAAGAUUAUUGUUUCCAUUAACGUUCUUACCAGUACAAAGAGUUCAACCAACAUAUAAAUUUGUAUAUAUCAUUUUAAUAUUUGCUUCUAUUUAUUUUAUCAUUGGUACAGAAAUAGUCUUUAUUUCAGUUUUUGCUAUUGAUUCUGAGAUUCAAACAAAAUUAGGAAGCCCUAAUAUAUGGAUAUUUGGAUUACUAAAUGCAUCUUUAUUUUUGGGGAGUAACAUUAGUGGAAUAAUUUUCUAUAACUUAAAUAAAAACAUAUCAAGAGUUGAUUUAUUUCAAUUUGCAAUACUAUUUUGGAUACUAAUUACCAUAGUUCAGUUGAUUAAUCCAUUUAAUUUUGUCCUUAGUAUGGUGACCAGGACCCUUAAAGGUUUUUUGAUAUUUGCAAUACAAUUGGUAGUUCCGAUGUACAUAGCAGAAGUUUUUCCCUUUGAUAUUUUUAAUAAAUUUAUAACAAUUUUAGAAAUAUUUCAAACAUUAGGGAUAUUGAUGCAUUUUUUAGGAGGAUGUUAUAUAUGUAAUCAUAAUCAUAAAACUAGAAAUACUGACCUUCUUAUUAUGAUAUAUUUGUUGUUAGCUCUAAUAACAUACUGCUUUUCAAUUUUUAUUCCAGAAUCUCCUUUUUGGUUAAUUUUAAAAGGUAAUUAUGAUAAAGCAGAAGAAAAUCAAAAAAAGUUUGCCCAGUUAUAUGAUAAACUAGAUAUAUAUCCCUCAAAAAAUAAAGUUGAUUUAGUAGAUUUUUAUUUAAACAACUCUAUUGUAGAAGAUAAGGACUCAAUUAAAAUGAAAAAAAUAAUUUUGCUAUUUUCUAUUUUAAUGAAAGUAUCUUGUGGAAUGUUUAUCCUAUAUUGUUAUACCAUAUAUUUUACAAUUAUUAUAGAUGAGCAUGAUAGUUCUACUGGUGCGGUUCUUCUUAUGUUAACAUUGAUUGGUUUCAUACUAUCAUAUAAACUCUUUGAAAAUUUAGAAAUAACUAUCGAAUUGCAAUAUAAAAUCUUUCUAGCAUUUAUCCUAUUAUUUUCUGUAAUCAAUAUCGUAGAUUCAAUAUUGUUAAAGUUUGCCUUCCAGAGUCGAAUUGUAAGAGAAGAUCUAAUCAUGAGCUUUUUUUGUCUUUUGUUUGUGGAAUGUGUUUGUUAUUCUUUAGCUGUAUGCACUUUACCGAAUAUUCUUUGUAUAAAGAUUGCGUAUGAUUCGAGAAAUUCUCAAAUACCUUUUAUUUAUACACAGAUCCAAUAUUUUGUGAUUGCAAUGUAUCUUAUCUGUAUGAUACGUUUAAUUUCUGAUCAGAAACUAAGCUGGAUAUUUUUCAUGUUUAUGGGAAAUAUCAAUAUUUUUUUUAUGAUCAUAUUGUGUUUGGUCAUGAACAUUUACAAAAAAGAGACAAAUAAUAGCAGUAACAUUUCGUCUACGUCAGAAGACAGAACUGAAAACAAUAAACAAAAGGGAAUGGAUCCUAUUAUUUUGACAGGAUUUGUUUAA